AUGUGACGCGCGUCAAACACUGACAGAAUCACUGGAGAAUCAUGACUGUUGAUUUUAACGGUUUUCGCCUGAUGGAGAGGAUCUAACACACAUAGCUGUGUAACACUCACACAGACGCUAGUUUCACUUCAGACUAUGGAUGUCCCCAAAGACAGUAUCGAUAGUGUGAAAAUCAGAACAAAGCUCCAUUGAUGCUGCAAUACAGAAAGCAAGAGGACCUGAAAAUAAAAUCUGGCAAUGAUGGAUUUGUCUGUACCACCCAGUAGGAUGGACAGGAGUGGUAGCUUUCUUCAGCUUGUCGAUGCGUUUGCUUUGUCACUGGAUAAACUGGAGCAGCAAAUCGUUCAUGCUGUGCAGGAUUCAGACAGCGACCCAGACACGUCCAUGCUCGUACAGAUAGAAGGAGAGUGUCUGCAGUAUCCUGAGGUCGAUGGUGCUUGUGCAAGCAGCGGUGUGAGUGUGUUGGACAAACUGAUACACACACACCCCAUCUGGCUUCUGCUUUCCAUCGACCAGCAAGAGGCCACUGGCAUCCUUCUGCAGCAGCCAGCUGGGGUGUUUUUGGUGUGGAAGUCAUCUGUCUUGCAAAAGAAGAUGUUGUCUUUUCAGAUGAGUGAUGCCACAGACUCUUCUGUGCUCCACAUCCCUGUAAAGGAGAGCCAGUACACGUUUUCUCUGGAGGGCUCAAACAUCAGUUUUGCUGACCUCUUUCGUCUUGUGGCCUUUUAUUGUAUUAGCAGAGACAUUUUGCCCUUUACACUGAAGCUUCCUGAGGCCAUUCACUCUGCGGAAACCCUGCCCGAUCUGCAUGAAGUGGCCAAGCAAGGGGCAGCAUUCUGGGAAUAUUCUCUAAACCAACAACAUAGGACACUUUCUGCCCCUGGCAGUCUUGUAGCUCCGGAAAGGACAUCGAUCUGUAUAGAGGGCACUUGCUCUGAUGUCUUACCGGGAGAGGAUCCAACCUGCAGCCCAACUGGGAAUCUAAACCUCCCAUUGACCGUCAGCAGCCCUAAUGCCUCCAAAGGUGAAAGUACUAUUGCUUUGUCUUUUAUAAACCCAACUUACCUCAAGACACAGCAAGAUCUCACUAAAAAUGCGGCAACUGUGAUCACUGAAGAUUUACCAGCAGAAAACAGGAAAUCUCAUCCAGCUCCUCCACCUAGGCCGCCUCCUCCUCGCAUUUUAAUUUGUGGGCCUGUUAUACCUCAAAUUUCAAGGACUAUGCCUUUACGUGCUUCCAGAAUGAGUCAAAGACCCAAAUCUGUCACUAGUUCCACAGGAUCCAAACACCCUAGCUCCAAAAAACCUGCACCGAGACCUCAAGAGCCUCCAGACAUCGACAGCUACCAUUGCACCAUUGCAUUAGAUGAUGAUACAAUCUCUAGAGCCAUUUCUCAAGCCAAUCGAAGCCAUACGACUCAUUUAAACCCAACAACCAGCAGCAUCCUGCAGCAGUGGACUGGACAAGAAGAGAAAGGGCGAAGCUCAAGUGGCCAAAGUUUGUCCACGUCCUCCUCCGACUCUCUGGAUUCUCCUCCGCAUCCGCUCCCUUUAGGCCAUCUGUCCCAAGGCCUCUCCACUGACGACAGUACUGAUGAUUAUGAAGAAGAAGAGGAAGACUAUGGUGUGGGACUUGAACGGGAUCUUCAACUUCGCCUUCGUGCAUCCCGCAAGUCAAAGAAACUCCUGGCUGUCGAACUUGUCGGGACUCGUCCGAGAUCACUUGUCCUCCCGCGUGCAUUAAGACACUUCCGAAAGGUCCGAGGUGUGCUUAAUGUACUGGCUACUCCUGAAAAACGGAUCUUGCUCCAGAUCAUCGAGCUGUCCCAAGACAAAGGCUCCUACUUUGGGUGCCUAGUGCAGGAUUAUGUGAGCUUUGUACAAGAGAAUAAAAACUGCCAUUCGUCUAGUCAGGAUCUUCUGCAGACUGUCCGGCAAUUUAUGACCCAGAUGAAGGCUUACCUCAAGCAGAGCUCAGAGAUGAAUCCACCUAUAGAGUCUUACAUGCCUGAGGACCAGAUUGAUCCAGUGUUGGAAAAGGCCAUGCACAAGUGUGUGUUGAAACCGCUGUACGGCUGUUUACACUCAGCACUGCACGAGUUCCAGGUGGCCGCUGGAGUCUGGCAGACGCUGCAGGAGAAUCUGGCCAUUGCCAAAACCAAGCAACCCAAUGAGCUGGGAGUGAACGGAGCACAAGCACCAGACACACACGCCAUCCAGCGCAUCCGCAGAAAACUCAGAGCCAUGUGCAGCAUGUACUCGCCAGAGAGGAAGAUCAUGGUGCUGCUCAAAGUCUGCAAACUCAUCUACAGCAUUAUGCAAGAGCAUGAAGUGCGGAUGUUUGGAGCGGAUGAUUUCCUGCCCAUGUUGACGUAUGUGUUGGUCCAGUGUGACAUGCCUCAGUUGGACAUCGAGAUCCUGUAUAUGAUGGAGCUGAUAGAUCCGCCUUUACUUCAUGGAGAAGGUGGUUAUUACCUUACUAGUGCGUAUGGAGCGAUGUCACUGAUUAAGAACUUCCAGGAAGAGCAGGCGGCUCGUAUACUUAGUUCAGUGUCCCGCGACACACUCCACCAGUGGCACCAGCGUCGCACACUACAGAGAAACCUGCCCUCGGUGGAUGACUUCCAGAACUACAUGCGCGUGGCUCUACAGAAGCCUGACAGUGGUUGCACGGCUAAAACACUCCAGGUUCGUCCUUACGCCACAACAGAAGAAGUGUGUCGUCUCUGCGCACUGAAAUUCCGCGUGUCGGACCCUGUAAACUACGGCCUGUUUCUCUUGACGGACGACAGCAGUCAGCAGUUGGCUGCAGACACACACCCUCAGUGGAUUAAAGCAGAGUUACACAGUCGACCAAACCGACAGCCCUUUCACUUCGUCUACAGGAUGAAACCCAACACAAACACUUCCACUCCUGUAUCUUGAAAGCCAGACGCUGCCUGAAAACUCAAUAGCAGGAAGGUGUUUGAUUUAAGGGAUGUGCUUAUAGAUGAAAGAUGUACUGUUUAUGAACACACUGGCUUGGUAAUAAGUAUAUAAUUGGGUGCUUUCCAUGAAUAGGGUACAUUUGGGUUGUUUAAUAAAAACUGUUUUACAGAAUGGGUUGCAUAUUUUUGUUAAAUCUAUUAAAAUGUACGCAACUUUCUUAAGUACUUCAGCAAUAAUGCAGUAUAAGCCAGCUGGAAUACAGUGGAUUCAGACUUUAAAGUUUCUCGUCUUAAUCUUGUCUGGGUCAGGCGAUCUUUAGGAAAGUGGGUACAGAAUGGCAUCUUGGCAUCUGAUGGAAGGGCAUCUGCUGCGUAAAACAUAUGCUGGAAUAGUUGGUGGUUCAUUCUGCUGUGGUGACCUCUGAUAAAUCAGAGACUAAGCCGAAGGAAAAUAAAAUAAUGAGUGGAAGGGGCUUUUGCACCAGAGGAAGUUGUUCACUUGUUCACUGUUCCCAAAAAAUGUAGCCCUGGGUACAUAUCCCCAAUAAGCCUGGGUUGUUUAUUUUUCCAUUUUUUAUUUAUUUGGUUUGUUUAUAAGAUUAAGAUUUAGGCUUAAAGGCUGGGAUUUACCAAUACAAGCCAAAAAACUAGCAAAGACAAAAUCACCUCGCCUCCGCUCAUGUCUUCCUCUGUCUGCAUCAAAAAGCUUCACGUGAACACACCAAACGAACUGCAGCCAACUGAAACGAGCAACAGAGACUCAUUCUGAAAAUAUAGCCCUACAUUUCAGAAGAUUGCGAAUUAUGUAGCCAGAAGUACCAAUGGCUGCAGUUCAUCUUUAAAACGAACACUACGGCGCGGUAUGACGCCAUUCCUCUUCACGCUACCAACUAAUUGAACCGGUUGGUCAACCGGUGCUUUUGAAAACACUAUCGGUUGGGUUUAGGGAAGGAGGAGGUUGGGUCAGUCGAUCGGUCAGUCAGUCAGUCGACAGCGGCCUCUGGUGGAUUUACGUGAGAAAAGCAGGCGUGAAUGGCACUCACGGGAGAAAUUUGAGAUCUUAAAAAGACUACACAAUGGCCUCUGGUGGAAAAAAUUUAGCUCCUGCGACAUAUUUAGUGCUCUCCAGAAAUGUAAAUAGGGGUACGUUUCAGAAUGAGUCUGGGUUGGAAACCAGAGUGCAUGUUCUGCGCCUGUGUUGGAGGACGUGCCUUUACACACGGUGGAUAUCAGUAGUCUGUUUACUCAUCCAAAACGGUAAACCGUAACUUCUGAUGCAAAGCGUAAACAAAAAAAGCGUUCAGUACCAUUAUUACAGUAGUUGUCAAUCACCACAGAGGAAUUUGCUCCUCCAAAUAUGUCUGAUAAUCUAACAAUCCAAAUCAUUUGCACAUAUUUGAGAAAUGUAGCGAAGUUACUGCCGGCCUCUUUGCGCUCCUUUUUGACUUUAAUCGUUUACUUGCUUCGUCACUUCACUACGUCACACUCGCGCUAUGGUUUGUCGCUGAAUAACCAGUCAGAGCGCUGUUCAUUUUAAAUGCUGAAUCAAACUUCGGUCACUUUAUUUUGAUGGUCCGUUCAUUGAAUUUAAGUUACAUUGCAUCUACAUGCCAACUAAUUCUCAUUAGAUUAUAAGUAGACUGUUAGGUUGGGGUUAGUGUAAGUUGACAUGUACUUGCAAAGUCUCUUAUAGUCAGUUAAGGCCCAAUCCCAAUUCUACCCCUUAGCCCUUCCCCAUACCCCUACCCCUCGUUUUGCACAUUCACGCCAAGGGGUAGGGGUGUCCCAAUCCUCUUUAGCUUGAGGGCGUAGGGCUAAAGGGAAGGGGUGAAUACCCUUUCGAACUAAGAUUUUUCAGGAACACACUCUAAACCAAGGGGUAAGAAAAUUUCCCAGAAUGCACCAGCCACAAUGGCAGUAUUGCUGAACCCAGAAGUAAGGAGAUCCACAAAUUAGUAUUUUUUGUCAUUAUUACAAAUUUUUACAACAAACAAACACGUUUUAAUAUAUUCAUAACCGAGUUCAUGUUUUACCGCCAUGCUUUUUAAAAAAAAUGCAAAAAAAACCUGCAAAAUUUCGCAAUAGCAGUAGCAGUCCCACAACAUUCUGACACUCGAUGACACUGGAAUAUCCUGUUAGAAAAGUCUACUGGCUGAGAAUGAGUUUUUUACAGUGUCUGCUAUAAUGUUAAUGUUGUGUUUGUGUGUUUACAUAGAUGAAUAUGGCCACUGUGUAAAUACACAGUACAGUUACGACCUUAUUGCCACAUUAUAUCAUCAUGAUAACAUGAUAUAUGCCUUCAGUGAUUUCCUGAAGAUAAAUACCAAAAAAUAGCACAACUGGAAUAACUACAGCAGUCGCGAUCGUCUGAUCUCAUAUGAAGCAAGAGAUCGCGAUGACAUAUGAUAACGUGUGCAGGUGCUGUCCCAAUUCUUAGGGGUACAUUUUGAUGCCCUUCCCCUUAACCCUCGGUUGUAAGGGCCAAGGGGAAGGGGUAGGGGUACAAAAAUAGAAUUGGGAUUGGGCCUAAAUGUCUACUAAUACUCAAAUGGACCAUCAAAAUAAAGUGUUGCCCAAACUUCGACGUUAACCCAACAAGAAGAGAAACCUAGCCUGGCCGACAGACCAACGAAGCCCAAUGGCCAGCCAUCGGCUUGGUGUGUCCUCGCUCUAGUAAUAUAUGACUUUUUUGCCUAACACUGCCUAUAACAGCUCCUUCAACAACCUGAUGCCAAAGCCUCUUUGGUACAGUGUCUGUCUUUAAAAACGGCAGUACAGUUAUGAAAGGCAUAUUGUACAAGUGUUGUGUAUAUACAGAGGUGUCAGGCAUUCUCUGUAGUAAAUAGAGUUCUGUACAUAAUCAGAGCUGUAUUUGCAUUCAGGCUGAGUGUCGAGAGAUUUACUUUGUUGGAGGAACCGUCACUGCUGCUGUCACAUAUCUCAGUCAACCGUGAUGUGAAAAGUCCUUCAAGAGGCUUUUCAGAAGAUGUGAUUUACUGUAUGAUCCUGGGGUUGCUUUUUCUUUAGCACAGUAGAGAGGCAUCGAUGCAACCUUGCAGCGUCUUUUUACUUUGUUCUUUGUCAGGCAGGAUAGGUUUUGUUGCUUGUACUUAAUGUUUAAAUGUGCUAUACUGUAAAACAUGUAAUAUAUUUUGUGCCAAGAGAUGUAUGAUGCACUUAGUGCUGAUUUUUUUAAAGUGUUUUCUGAGCUGUCGAUUAUAAUUUGAACACUGAAUCUGUGUAUAUUUUACUGUGGGGGUCAUUAAAGGAAAUAAAGAGUCUUUAUUCUUUUUAUUAA